GCUUUGGAUCUCUUACAGUUCUGUUUAACAGUUGUAUGGCCGUGGAUUUAAAUUUAGUCUAAUAUUAACAUGGUUUUGUCAUUGAAAACAAUUAAAUAGCCUACAAAUCCAUUCAUGCAUUCAUUUUCUUUCCCCGUCAUUGGUUUCAGCUCUAGAUAAUCUGACAGAUAUCUCUUAGUUUAUUCCAAUCGGCGGUAAUUUAUGGAAAGAGGACAUAAUCCUUUUCCAAGCGCCCCGAGCAUAACUGUACUUUAAUCCGGUUUUCUUCUGUGCGAUGGAUAUUGGGAACGCACGACGAGACGUUCGACGACACCUCUUUAGAAACGGUUUCAAGUUCCAGCGCGUGACAUGUUGGAAUGUCAGGUCGCUCGCCUCCGUUGCCGUAGCAACAGUACGGGUCAACUCCACUCUCCUCGCAUAGAGAGAAGCGGCCGGCUACGCAAUGACUUCCCGUGGAGCUAGAUACCGCCUGGGUUCCCCCUUCCAGCGCCUCCUCGUCAACAUGGGCAUGGCUUCCUCUGCCUUCCCCUCUGCCUUCCCCUCAGCCUUCAACCCCAGACCUGCCCAGUGCCGCGCCCCCACCUCCCUGUCCUCCCGCCACUACCUAGCCGGCUGCAGUCGUGACGCAGAGCUCGGUCUAGACUCCCCGGCUCCUCCCACUCUCUCGCUGGGGCGGGGCCUAGGCCUGAGCUUUCAGGAAGGGAGGUGGGUGAGGGGAAGAGGAGAAGGCGGAGGAGUGGGUGAGGAGAGCGGAGCUGGGAAGGAGCAGAAGAGACGGAUCCAGAGGUUGAAGGAGGAGAACCGUCUGUUGAAGCUGUCUGUGGAGGUCCUGCUGGACAUGAUGACCAUGGUGAAGCUGAAGGACGGCGAUGGUGAGGCCCAGGUGGAGGAAGGGGGUGGCCAGGCCUCGGAGAGGAGACCCGCGGGGGGUAAGGGGGUGUGGUGGGCCCCCAACCUGCCCGACAAACGGAGAGCUUAGACCAUUAAAGGCUUUCCUCUGCAGUA